CUUGAAACGCAUGCUCGGGUCUCCGCAGUCUAGGCGAGUGUGCCUGAUGCUGGCGUUGUGGAUUGGACAUGGCGGAGAGGAAGAGUUCGUCUAAGUCACGGAAGUCUGCCAGAGGCGGCUCAGAGAAAUCAAAAAUCAGCGACUUGAACAGUGAAGAUGCUGCUAAGAGACGAGCUGCCCUGGAAAAUGCUAUCAGGCGUAAAAUCGAAGCAGAGAAGCGGGCCCUGCGCAUCGUCGAGCGACUCUUAGAAGAUGAUGUUACCGAGGAUUUUCUUUUAGGUUGUGGUAGAUUUAUUUCUCCAUCCCAGUAUAAGGACUCGGUGGAAGAAAGAUUUAUCGUUAAGCUAUGUGGUUAUCCGAUAUGCAAAAAGAAGCUUGAAAAUGUGCCAAAACAAAAGUAUAAAAUCUCUACAAGAACGAACAAAGUCUACGACAUCACAGAUCGAAAGCGCUUCUGUAGUGAUUUUUGCUAUAGGGCAUCCAAGUAUUACGAAGCUCAACUUCCUCAAAGUCCAAUAUGGAUGAGAGAGGAGGAAAGUCCACCAGAAAUAAAACUCUUAAAAGAAGGGAAAAGUGGUCGUUCUGGAGUUGAAGUCAAAUUAACUGUAAAACCCAUUAAACCUUCUGAUGUUGAGAAAUUCACAGCGGCGUCAGAAGAUGACUCUGUCAAUAGUGACAGCGAUGGUGACGCUGUGAAAGAACCAAAGCCUGCAUUUGUUUCAUCAAUUAUUUCAGUAGAUGAAGAAGGCAUUGAAGACGGAGAAACGUUAGAGGCGGAAACGUACGGUUCCGAGGAGGGACAAAAAUUACGUUCCAAUGAUUCGGACGCAAUCCUGAAAGAAACAACGGAAAGAUUAAAUCUCUGUAAAUUGGAUGAUCGUGAUAGGAACGGGCCGGUAAAUAAUCAAAAUGCAUCUCUAGGCCUUCCUCGUGAAGAUGUUUCUAUAGAAAACACAGAGAUUCCGGAAUCACGCAAAAGGGGGGAUAUAGAGAUUGCGGGUGUAACUCAAAGAGCAGUCAGCAAAAGAGGGGCAGAACAACUCCGAAAAAUACUUUGCAAUUCCAAGAAGUAUCAGUCUGCUCUUAAAGACACCAUUCACCCCGUUGUUGUGAAAAAGAGCAUGCUUGAAGUCCUCACACAGACAGUAAAUGAGUGGAAAACAGAGGAAACGCUGAAAUACCUUUUUGGCUCAAACUAUAAGGUGGAAACAGAUUUUAAGACAGACGCUUCUAAUGUAAAUGAUCAUUUGGAGGAGCUGGAUGAGGAUGACCUUGAAAGCACUUUGGAAACAUCUAGAAUUGAUGGUCCCAACAGCAUAGAUGAGAGUUUGCCUUUCCAGGACUUAAGCAAAGCAGAGAAACCCGCACCUGAUUAUGCCAAACUUACAGAAGAAAAAGAAGCGUUUCAGAUUAAAGUGCAAGAGUUUUUUGGGGGCCGUUAUGUUUUGCCUGAGGAAGUAGAGCAAGAAGAUAAAGAAAGAACAAAGGUCGCUGAAAAUACAGAGAAGAAUUCUUGGGUUCCUGCUCUUCCCCUUGUGGAUUCCUGUUCGCAACAACAAAUGCGUAAACGCAUUGUCAUAGAAAAACUUAAAAAAGUUCUGCCAGCAAUCUUGUUACCACUCCGGAUAACAUAUAGUGACAUAUCAAAGGAGUUGCACAAUCUCGUGAAAACAUUUAGAUUCUCAAAUACCAAUAUAACCCAUACUACCCCAGAAUGGUCUAUCAUCGCUGUUGUCCUUUUAUCUGUAUUAUUGCCCACAAUUCCGCUCCAUAAAGACUGUGAACAGAAUCCUUUGUACACCCAAUUUGUUUCCAAACUCUUAGAAGAACUGCACUUUCAAAAAGAAGACCUGGAGUUCCUGAAACAAAAACUUGCUGGCAACACUCUGUCAUUUAAUGUUGCCUAAAAUGUAACCGCAAUUUGUUAGCGCAUUUUAAAUAUAUUUGACAUACGGUCCUGUAGAGAUUUUCUGUUUGUGCAUUUAUUCACGAGCUAUGAAAAUAUAAUGUAAUUUAAUUUAAUGUUCAUCUGUAAGGAUGUGAAUAAAACUACAGGCAAUUAA